CAGUUUCCCUUGCCCUUGCACCCUCUUUUCCUCUUCAAUUAUUUUCUCCCCAAUCAUCCACUUCCACACUAAUUCCAGUGAAUGAAAAUACACAUUAUUAAUCAAUUCAAUAUCAAUAAAGAGAAGAAAAGAGAAGAGAAAAGAAAAGAAAAGAAAAUGAACCAUUAGUGACAAGAAAGAUCUUCCGGUUCUUUGUUCCUUCACUACUGCUUAUCUCCUUGUCUUGCAUAAAGAAAAAAAGAAAGGAGAGAGAGAGAGAGAGAGAGAGAGAGAGAGAGAGAGAGAGAAUGGGGAGAGGGAGAGUGGAACUGAAGAGGAUAGAGAACAAGAUCAAUCGUCAGGUGACUUUCUCGAAGAGGAACGGUUUGCUCAAGAAAGCUUAUGAGCUCUCCGUGCUUUGCGAUGCUGAAGUCGCUCUCAUCAUCUUUUCCAGCCGUGGCAAGCUCUAUGAGUUCGGCAGUUCUGGAACGACCAAAACCCUAGAGAGGUACCAACGUUGCUGCUUUAAUCCUCAGGACAACAGUAUCGAACACGAAACACAGAGCUGGUACCAGGAGGUAUCGAAAUUGAGGGCAAAGUACGAAUCUCUUCAACGCACUCAAAGGCAUUUGCUGGGAGAAGAUCUUGGACCGUUGAGUGUAAAAGAGUUGCAAAAUCUGGAGAAGCAACUGGAAGGAGCUCUCCUGCAAACAAGGCAAAGAAAGACACAAAUAAUGAUAGAACAAAUGGAAGAGCUGAGGAGAAAGGAGCGUCAGCUUGGAGACAUGAACAAGCAGCUCAAGCUUAAGGUUUCACUAGAGUUGUCAUCGCUGCAGCAGGCAGCUGAUCAAGGGCAAGGUCUUAGACCCCUUCCGUGCUCAUGGACUCCUAAUCCCUCGGCCGGAAACAGCAGCUUUGCUCUUCACCCUUCUCACUCCAACCCGAUGGACUGCGAUACCGAACCCGUCCUACAGAUAGGGUAUCAGUACGUUUCUGGGGAAGGACCAUCAGUGCCAAGAAGCAUGUCUGGAGAGGGGAGCAUGGUGCAGGGUUGGGUUAUUUGACUGCUUAAUUAAUUAUUAUAUAUUUAAAAUACAAUUAGCUACAAGAAGAUGACAGUUUGAUAAAAUUAAUUAAUAUUAUUUGUCUGAAUAUUGUGGGUUUAUAUAUAUAUAUAUAUAUAUGAAGUGGAGAUUUGGUUGUGUUGUCCA